AUGGCUUUAGCAUCGGCGUCAAGUAUGUGUUCAAACACUGGUACUUCAAAAGCUCUCUCAUACUUCACAGCCUCCUUUCCAGUUUUCCUGAUUAUUUUACCUAUUCCUGGAAACUUUCUCGUCUGUUUGACCAUCAUAAAAGAUCCCUUUAGGAACUUGAAAGCGCCUUUUAACUAUUUCCUAUUUUUAAGUCUUGCGUCCACUGAUCUGGUUGUGGGAAUGAUUAUGGAUCCCGUGUCAGUUGCUUUUCACAUCAGUGAAGGGCUUCAACUAAAUAUCGUAGAUAUCAAAAUCUUGCACAUUUUAUACUUUAUUUUGUGCACGGCGUCUAUUUUAAUACUCAUGGCACAUACCGUGGACAGAUAUGUGGCCGUAUCAUCGCCAGUGAAGUGA